CUACAAAACCCUGCUGCAACGUUUCCUGCCUCCUUCAAACACUGCUUUACUUUGCUCUUACUGUUGAAGACUUGAACUCAAAUUUCUACAUCUUUCUUCUCUCAUUCUCUUUCCAUAACCCAGAAUUAGAUAGAUAGAUUCAUAGAGAGUGAUAAAAAGAUAAAUUCAUGGCGCCUGAUGCUUCUGCUGCUCUAGCUGUGAGGGAAAAAGUUCAACAGUUCCUGAAUGCCGCACAGACUGGAAAUUUAGACCUCCUCAAAAAAUUGGCGAAGCAGCUCGAUGAUGGAAAGGGGCUAGCGCAAACGGUAGUAGAUGUUAAGGAUGCCAACCAGAGAGGGGCUCUGCAUUUUGCUGCCAGGGAAGGACAGGCUGAGGUUUGCAAGUAUUUGUUGGAAGAGUUGAAGAUGGAUGUUAAUACGCAGGAUGAGGAUGGAGAUACUCCUCUAACGCAUGCUGCUCGGCAAGGGCAUACUGCGCUUGCGAAGUACCUCGUAGACCAUGGUGCUGAUCCUUCCAUACCAAGUGGAUUAGGGACCACUGCGCUGCAUCAUUCUGCUGGAACAGGAGAUAUUGAGCUUCUAAAGUUUUUACUCUCUAAGGACAUAAAUGUUGAUUCACAAAGUGAUGCUGGUACUCCGCUAAUAUGGGCUGCGGGUCAUGGCCAGCAAGACGCUGUCAAAGUACUACUAGAACAUAAUGCCAAUCCAGAUGCUAAGACUGAUGACGAUAUUACUCCUUUAUUAUCAGCUGUCGCAGCUGGUUCGUUGGCAUGUUUGGAGUUAUUAAUUAAGGCAGGUGCAACUGUGAACUUUACAGCAGGUGGUGCAACACCUUUGCACAUUGCUGCUGACAUUGGCAGCCCAGAGAUCAUAAACUGCUUAUUACAAGCUGGAGCUGAUCCUAACGCCAUUGAUGAGGAUGGAUGGAAACCAGCUCAGGUAGCAGCUUUAAGAGGAAAUAAGGUAGCUGUUGAAAUUCUUCUCCCCGUAACAGCCCCAAUUGAAUCAAUUCCAGAAUGGAGUGUCGAUGGAAUUCUUCAACACAUGCAAGAAAGAGGGAAAGAGGAGGGUCAGAAUAAAAAAGCAGUACGAUCUAAUGAACUUAAGGAUUCUGCAAAUCCCGAGAGAAGUUUGCCUGAGGUGUCAGCUGAAGCAAAAUCAAAAGCUGCUGAAGCUAAGGCAAGGGCAGAUGAUGCUUUCAGAAGGAAAGAGUAUAUGGCAGCAGUUGAUGCUUACACACAGGCAAUUGAUUUUGACCCAACUGAUGCUACUUUGCUUUCCAAUAGAAGUCUUUGCUGGAUUCGUCUUGGACAACCUGAUCAAGCUUUAGCUGAUGCAAGAGCAUGUAAGGCUCUUAGGCCUGAUUGGCCGAAGGCUUGCUAUCGUGAGGGUGCUGCUCUCCGUCUACUGCAGAAGUUUGAGGACGCAGCGAAUGCUUUCUAUGAGGGCGUCACACUCAACCCUGAGAAUAUGGAGCUCGUAACUGCUUUCAGGGAAGCUGUUGAAGCUGGAAGAAAAUUUCAUGGGACUCAGCAGCAGAAAGAAUCUUGAUGAAGAAUACACAUUGGUCUGUUUUCUAAUUUUUAGCAUUUUGUCACUCAAUUUUGAUUUUGCGAUAAUAGGGUAGUAUUUAUUUCCAGUGUGACAGAUAAUUAGUUUUUCUUUUUAGCAAAUUGUGUUUCCUUUUUGCACCAAUUGAGAUGAAAAAUGUAAUUUAAAACCAGUGUCGAUUAGAAAAUUGCAGAAGCUCAAACUUAUGUAUUAUAGAGUUCAUUUCUAUAUAUAGUAGGUGAGCUUUUCUCUUUCCAA